CGCCAAACCGGAUCGAUUGUAGGAAAGAGAUGCAGGAAUUGACAGGAAUUUCGUGCAAUUCCGCGGAAUAACUGGCGGCUCAAACGGCAAACCUACAUACGCAUGUGUAUUUGUGUUACAUUCGAAAAACAUCAAAUGUGCGAUCAUGUGUGAAAUUAGCGAGUCAGGCAGGACGUGAACACGCGCGCGAGGAAGAAUAUCAGACGUUUGAACGAGCUGUCACGAUUUUAGACAUUCGCUAUUACGUCCGGGAUUACGCGGGGCGGGAGAGGACAUGCGUCGUGAGAGAUAGAGAUAUGUAAGGUUAUUCGAUUCGUUCGCUCACAAUUCGUCGCGUUGUUCGACGGACGAAAUCGCGAAAAAAAAUGUCGCUGCUACGUCGAAAUGUUAUUUAAAAUCGGCGCGAGCUCUGAUCAGUCGCGACAAGCGAUCGGCAACAUGUCCUUCGCGAUGCCGUGCGAAAACAACGAAAAGUGAAGAUGUCACCGUUUCGCAGGAAGAAAUCUGGGAGAUCCUUCCCCGUGAAAGUCUGCACCCUGGAUGCGGAGCUCGAAUUCAAUCUGGAGUGGAGAUCGACAGGUAGGGAUCUUUUCGACCUGGUGUGCCGCACGAUAGGGUUGAGAGAAACGUGGUACUUUGGACUCCAGUACGAAGACUCGAAGGGUUUUAUCUCUUGGCUAAAAUUAGAUAAGAAAGUACAGGAUCAGGGUAUUUCCCAGCAACCAACGACACCGUUCAUGUUUCUGGCGAAAUUUUAUCCUGAGGACGUGGCCGAAGAACUUGUGCAAGAAGUGACUCAACAUUUGUUCUUCUUACAAGUGAAGCAAGCUAUACUAUCUAUGGACAUUUAUUGCCCACCGGAGGCUUCCGUGUUACUUGCUUCCUAUGCUGUCCAAGCAAAGUAUGGUGAUUACGAUGAAGUUUUAUAUCGCCCUGGAAUGCUUGCCAGCGAGGACUUGCUUCCACAGAGAGUUAUAGAUCAGUACCAAAUGACUCCAGAAAUGUGGGAGGACAGGAUAAAGAUUUGGUACGCCGAUCAUCGUGGCAUGUCUCGGGACGAAGCAGAAAUGGAAUAUCUUAAGAUUACUCAAGAUCUCGAUAUGUAUGGUGUAAAUUAUUUUCCUAUUAGUAAUAAGAAGGAGACAGAUCUUUGGCUUGGAGUAACAGCACUGGGAUUGAAUAUCUAUGAGAAGGAAAACAAACUAGCACCGAAGACUACAUUUCAAUGGUCGGAAAUUCGUCACAUCAGCUUCGAUGACAAGAAGUUUGUAAUCAAAACCGUGGAGAAAACGUCACCAAACUUCGUGUUCUUCUCGCAGAAAGUUCGCAUGAACAAAUUGGUAAAGAAACAGUCAGAUGUUGCCAGCUGGGUGAAGAAUUUGAUAGCUUUAGGGUUGGACGAACAUAAUAGUGACAAAGCUGCUCACAUAUUAUUUGUUAAGAUCCUGGACCUGUGUAUUGGCAACCACGAUCUGUACAUGAGGAGGCGCAAACCGGACUCCAGGGAGGUUCAGCAGAUGAAAGCGCAGGCCAAGGAAGAAAAAUCCAGGAGACAAAUUGAGAGAAACAAAUUAGCACGAGAAAAACAAUUGAGAGAAGCAGCGGAGAGGGAAAAGGCUGCGAUGGAGCAUCGACUUUUACAAUACCAAGAGGAAAUACGUCUUGCAAAUGAAGCUCUUGUAAGAUAUGAUUGUAUAUAUAGAAGAUCUGAAGAGACUGCAGAUCUUUUAGCUGAGAAAAGCCGCGUAGCCGAAGAAGAAGCGAUGCUUCUAAGUCAGAAAGCAUCAGAAGCCGAACAAGAGAUUACGCGCAUACGGCUGAAUAAUAUGAAGACUGAAGAAGAGAAGGUCCACUUAGAACGAAAGACCAGAGAGGCUGAAUUAUUAACAGAAAGACUGGUCCAAGAGUCGGAACGCAGAGCUGCUGAGGCGGAAAGAUUAAAGGACGAGCUGUUACGUGCAAGAGUCGCCGAGAAAGAAGCUAAAGAAAAACUACUGGAGUUUCUCAGUAGAAAUGCCUACAUACCCGCUACCAUAACUCCUGUGCCAAAUCUAUUUCCCUCGACGCAAGUGCUUCCAUCAGAUCUACAAGCAGAUCUUCAAACUCUGCAGUUGGACGCAGAACCUCUACCACCUGAUUUAACAUCUUAUGAUCUUAUUGGCGACGGAGAUGUCGAUCAACUUUCAUUAGAGAUUGAAAAGGAACGGAGCGAUUAUUGGGAGAAAAGUAAGAACUUGCAGGAACAGCUACGGGAGUUACGUUCCGAAAUUGAAGUUUUGAAAGUCGGUGAGAAGCAGUGCGAAUUAGAUCAACUGCACGAGGAGCAAGUCCGACUCGGUGAGAAUAAGUACAGCACACUGAAAAAGGUGAAAUCCGGAUCUACUAAAGCUAGAGUCGCCUUCUUUGAAGAAUUGUAGUUUUUGCAAAAAACAGAUGUUGAUAGACACCCAUUGAAUGUAUGACUAGUAGUCAUAUAGCUAGUAAUUGAAUUUUGAAAAAUACGAUUAUAUAGACAUACGUACAUAUGUAAUACUCAAAAAUGUGCUAUAUCACAGAGUGUUCCAUCACAGCUGCAUCAAAUUAUACUGUCACAUUUCUCAACGAAUUUAAAUUUUUUAACAAAAACUUGGAAAAAAUCUUUUAUUAAUAUAAAAAUUAAAUAUUGAAUUUACAUAUUACAAAUAACAAAACAUUCCAGUAUAAAUAUAUGAGCGACAAAAAUAUUGAGAGCAAGUGAUAGGAAUCUAAGGGUGCUUUCCAGCAACGUACACAGGCGACACUGUGUAACACAGUGUACGACUCAGUGCUUUCCAACUACGACACAAGUCGACACAAUCAUACACAGCUAAAAUGAUG